GGAGGGCAGAUGAACCUCAUUCUCAUCUGAAACAUCAACAGAGGGUUGAACAGGAAUACACACAAACUGUUUUGUGUAGAAAUACAUCAAAUUCAACAUGAAGGGAGAUUAAAAGGGAGGAAAAUAAGGCGAUGGGGUAGCUGCAAGCUCCAAGCAAAAUCCUCGAUCCUGAAGUAGGUAUUAAACCUACCAAACAGAGAAGAGCUGAUUAAAUGGUGGCAUGGGAAUGUAAUAGAACAGAUUGUACUGGAAGAAAUGAUGAGGGAUGAGUGUAGAGGAUCCUGGGUAGUCUGAACUGAUGCAGAGUGAAGCAAGAAGAAUCAGGGGAAGAAUUUACCCAAAAAACAACAGCAUUGUAAAGAAAACCAGCUUUGAAUGCUGAUCCACACAAAGCCCUCCAUGCCUCCAGAGGACCCACCAUAAAGCAUAACCCAGCUCCUGGCAGAGGGAAUAGAGACAAGGAGGUGAGCGUCACGCCUGUUGAGCCUCCCCAGACCCGCUAGCCAUGCCCGGGAUCGUGGUGUUCCGCCGGCGCUGGUCUGUGGGCAGCGAUGACCUCGUCCUGCCAGCCAUCUUCCUCUUCCUCCUGCAUACGACCUGGUUUGUGAUCCUCUCAGUGGUGCUCUUUGGCCUGGCGUACAACCCCAACGAAGCCUGCUCCCUCAACUUGGUGGACCACGGCCGCGGCUACCUGGGCAUCCUGUUGAGCUGCAUGAUCGCCGAGAUGGCCAUCAUAUGGCUGAGCAUGCGGGGCGGCAUCCUCUACACGGAGCCCCGCGAGUCCAUGCAGUAUGUGCUCUACGUCCGCCUGGCCAUCCUGCUCAUCGAGUUCAUCUAUGCCAUCGUGGGCAUCGUCUGGCUCACCCACUACUACACCUCCUGCAACGAUGUCACUGCCAAGAACGUCACCCUCGGAAUGGUUGUGUGCAACUGGGUCGUCAUCCUGAGUGUCUGCAUCACCGUCUUAUGCGUCUUCGACCCCACCGGACGGACUUUCGUCAAACUGAGGGCCACCAAGAGGAGGCAGAGGAACCUCCGGACAUACAACCUGCGGCACCGCCUGGAAGAGGGUCAGGCCACCAGCUGGUCUCGUCGGCUGAAGGUGUUCCUGUGCUGUACGCGGACCAAGGACUCUCAGUCAGAUGCCUACUCCGAGAUCGCCUACCUCUUUGCGGAGUUUUUUCGGGACCUGGACAUCGUGCCGUCUGAUAUCAUCGCGGGCCUGGUGCUUCUGAGGCAGCGGCAGCGAGCCAAGCGCAGCGCAGUACUGGAUGAGGCCAACAACGACAUCUUGGCUUUCUUGUCAGGGAUGCCCGUAACCAGAAACACCAAGUACCUGGACCUAAAAAACUCGCAAGAGAUGCUUCGUUACAAAGAGGUCUGUUAUUACAUGCUUUUUGCCCUGGCUGCCUAUGGUUGGCCCAUGUACCUGAUGCGGAAACCCGCGUGUGGGCUCUGCCAGCUGGCCCGGUCCUGCUCGUGCUGCCUGUGCCCCUCCCGCCCCCGUUUCGCCCCCGGAGUCACCAUUGAAGAGGACAACUGCUGUGGCUGCAAUGCCAUCGCCAUCCGCCGCCACUUCCUGGACGAGAACAUGAGCUCGGUGGACAUCGUCUACACCUCCUGCCACGAUGCGGUCUAUGAGACGCCCUUCUAUGUGGCUGUGGACCAUGACAAGAAGAAAGUGGUGAUCAGUAUCCGAGGAACCCUGUCCCCUAAGGAUGCCCUGACAGAUCUGACCGGCGAUGCGGAGCGCCUCCCUGUGGAGGGCCACCAUGGGACGUGGCUGGGACACAAGGGGAUGGUCCUCUCUGCUGAAUACAUCAAAAAGAAGCUAGAGCAGGAGAUGGUCCUCUCACAAGCCUUUGGGCGGGAUCUGGGCAGAGGAACCAAGCAUUACGGCCUGAUUGUGGUGGGCCACUCUUUGGGCGCGGGCACCGCGGCCAUCCUUUCCUUCCUCCUGCGCCCUCAGUACCCAACUCUCAAGUGCUUUGCCUACUCCCCCCCGGGGGGCUUGCUGAGCGAGGAUGCCAUGGAGUAUUCCAAGGAGUUUGUGACUGCGGUGGUCCUGGGCAAAGACCUGGUCCCCAGGAUCGGCCUGUCACAGCUUGAAGGGUUCCGAAGGCAGCUUCUGGACGUCCUGCAGCGGAGUACCAAGCCCAAAUGGCGCAUUAUUAUCGGGGCAACCAAGUGCAUCCCCAAGUCGGAGCUGCCGGAAGAGGCCGAGGUGACCACCAUGGCCAGCAACCGCCUCUGGACCCACCCCAGUGACCUGACCAUUGCCCUCUCGGCCAGCACACCCCUGUACCCCCCGGGCCGCAUCAUUCAUGUGGUACACAACCACCCCGCCGAGCACUGCUGCUGCUGUGAGCAGGAAGAGCCCACGUAUUUUGCUAUCUGGGGGGACAACAAGGCCUUCAAUGAAGUGAUCAUCUCUCCAGCCAUGCUCCAUGAGCACCUGCCUUAUGUGGUCAUGGAGGGACUUAACAAGGUGCUGGAGAACUACAAUAAGGGUAAGACGGCCCUGCUCUCUGCAGCCAAGGUGAUGGUGAGUCCCACCGAGGUGGACCUGACCCCAGAGCUCAUCUUCCAGCAGCAGCCCCUGCCCUCCGGCCCCCACUCCCUGGAGCCUCCGCCAGCCGCCCCCAGAAGCAGCAGCAUCAAGAGCAAGUCCCAGUCCGAGAUCAGCCUGGAGGGUUUCUAUGAGACCAAGGCCUUGUCCCCCACAAGGAAGGACCCGGUGGAGCUGCUGCUGCUCACCACCCAGGAGCGCCUGUCGGUGGAGCUGCAGGCCCGGCGGGCCCCCCUGGCCACCAUGGAGAGCCUGUCGGACAAUGAGUCCAUCUACAGCUUCGACUCUCGCCGCUCCUCCGGUUUCCGCAGCAUCCGGGGCUCCCCGAGUCUUCACGCGGUCAUGGAGAGGGACGAGGGCCACUGCUUCUACAUCGACCCGGCCAUCCCCGAGGAGAACCCUUCCCUCAGCUCAAGGACAGAACUGCUGGCCGCCGACAGCCUCUCCAAACACUCGCAGGACACGCAGCCGCUGGAGGCCGGGCUUGGCAGCGGCAGCGGCGGGGAGAGCCCGCAGCCACGCUCCAGCGGGGAGGAGGGUAGCUCUUCCCCUGCCCCGGCUAGGGGGGAGCUGACCCUGCAAAAUGGGCGGCUGGGGGAUUCGCCGAGCCCCCAGGUCCUGGAGUUCGCCGAGUUCAUCGACAGUCUCUUCAACUUGGACAGCAAGAGCAGCUCCUUCCAGGACCUGUACUGUAUGAUGCUGUCCGAGAGCCCCGGCGGCGGCGACUACGGCGCGCUGCCCAAGUCGGUGAGCGAGCAGGAGAUCCUGCUGCGGGCCCAGUACGAGCCGAACCUGGUGCCCAAGCCCCCCCGGCUCUUUGCUGGCUCCGCCGACCCCUCGUCCGGCAUCUCGGUGUCGCCCUCCUUCCCCCUCAGCUCCUCGGGAGAGCUCAUGGACUUGACCCCUACCGGCCUAAGCAGUCAGGAGUGUCUGGCCGCAGACAAGAUCCGGACUUCUCCCGCUGGCCACGCGGCCAGCCCCUCCAAGCAGGAGGACCUCGUGAUCUCGGCCCUCUAGUUCUGGGGGUGGGGGGAGCUCGGACCCACUACACGAAGCAUGCGGCAGACCCAGGCCUGGGGUCGUAGUCCCCUGCCUGCCCUCUGGCACCGGCUGGAAGCAUCACCUGAGGGGCGGUUGGAGUCCUCGGGGCGGGUGCGGCUGGGGAGGGAGGGGCCGAGCAGCCAGCAGACGAGAGUGGAAUCACAGGGUCCGUUUCCCUACCUCAGCCCCAGUCAGUGCAGGCUCCUGGGGUCCACCGUGAGCUGGGGAGGGAGGUGAGCAGUCCAGGGUUCACCAAAGUCGCCACGUGUGUGGGAAGGAGCCAGGAAGGGGCCGGGCAGCGCUUGGCCUGCCAUCCUCCCCCUCUCCCCCACCAGGAACAGCCUUCCCAGGGCUUCUAAGAAUCAUCACCUGCGUUCGUCUGGGCCCUGCCCCCCCCCCAGACCACCCCAGCUUUCUCCCUGCUCUCCUGGGGAGGAAAAGGAGCCAGGGUCAGGCACUGCCCUCCCCUCCUGGUGCCCAGAGACCGGGCAUUAGGAAGAGGGAGGGGUGUGGUAGCAGUUUAUUUCCCUGACUCUCUUCCACCUCAUCCCUAGCCCCCAAAGCCCCACACCUGUCUUUGGCACGUCAGUGAGACUUGCCUCGGCUGCCUCCCCAGCCACGACCCUCAGUCCCCAGUCUAAGGUCACAAGUCAGCAGACACUAACCGAGUAUGUUUACAGAAGCCGACAGGCUCAGCCCGAGAUGUUCCUGCUAUGACGGGGCCUAGCCUCCCCUGCUCAGAGGCAGCUGCCUUCCCCACAGGCUGGGUAGUCCCUGAGGGUGGGCCUGGCCCAGGGGCCCCUUAGGGGACUUUUUAGGUCCCUCCCGGCUCCCCUCCCACUCCUCAGAGGAAGGAGCCUUUUGGGUCCAGUUCACUUCUCAAGCCCUAGGACCCCCCAACCCCGUUUAGUUGCACUCACCCUGCCCCCCCCCCCAUUGAAGGCUUCUCAGAUCCUGCAAAUGUAGACAGCAGCCUGGCCUGAGGCUUUGAAAUGAGCUUUCUGAAGGAAAUGGGUGCAGGUCCCUGAGUCCCCACAGGUCCCCAAGUCCCCACAGGUCCUGGGGGCAGCUAGGCCAUGGGGACAGAUCAGGAGCGUCAGGAGGUGGUCGAAGGACCUGGUUCCUUUUGGCACUGGCCUUUCCCUUGUAGGCCUUCCUGGCUCUGGCAUUGGGGCUGCAAGCUGGUCCUGCUGCAGCAGUGACACCCCCACCCCUUUCUCUAGCCUUUGCAGCACCCCCGGGUGAACCCCAGCUGCAUGGUGAGCUGUACUGCUUCAGAGAGGAGGGAAAGCAGGCAUGUCCGCUGCUUGCUGGGUUGUUCAUAGGCCUUCCUGCCACCUGCAUGCAUUCCCCGAGCUCAGGGCACUUUUGGAGAGAGGGUCCUUGCCUGCUUCCCUUUUCCCCAGACACCUUGGAUGCCAGUAUUUGAAAUGAAACCCUUUGCUACCUCCUCCCUGCCCUGUGGCUGGGCCACCUCACUCCCAGGACGCAUCUCCCUUCUCAGUCCCUUGGAGAGGGGCCUCCUGCCAGGAGGGAGACCUCUGUCUGUCCGCACUGCUGGCCCCAUGCCCCCAUUAGCAACUGAACCUAGGAAUAUUGCCCUGUGAAGAAGGAGGCAUGAAGGCCUGCUUGGGCUGCCUUAGAAAGGGAUGUCUGAGGACCCUCCAAAAGGGUAGGGUUCUGUGGCCUCCCACAUGCUGCCAUACCCACAGAGGUGCCCAUCAGAGACUGAGCCUCCUCCCACCACCCCCACCCCCAAGGGGCAAGGCCAGGGGUAAGCCCAGUGUUUAAGUGUUUUCAACAGCCAGCAUUUUCCUUGCUGAAUUUAGGGUACGCCUAAGGGAAGGGCGAGGGAGCCAGACACUUUGACACCUCUGGCCCUCGCAGGAGCCCUUGGGAGCACACAGUGAGCUGAUGUGGCCUGGCGAGUUGUGUGUUUUCCAGCUUCUCCCCACAGGGUCCAGGGAAACAGCAGCACCCCUGCCUUUCUCUCAGCCCUCCCUUUUCUCCCCCCAUGUCCUGGACCUUUUGCUUUCUUCCUGCUGCCACCCCAGUCCCCCUGCCCCUGGGGAUUACCAUCAUGGGAUGUGACUGCUUAGACACCUCACCAGCCUGCCCAGGCUGGGUCAAGUAUUUCUACUGUCUCCAUGUCUCCCCUCUCGAUUUUGCCUCGGUUCUGUUCCCUGGAGCUUCUUUGGGGAUGGUUCGGAGGCCUGGCCUUUUCCCUUAGAUGGCAUCAGAAUGCCAGUGAGUGAAGGUCACCCCUCGGGAGGGGCCCUUCUUUGCUUUGCCCUCUUCGCCUGGCUGCACCUCUGUCCCAGUCCCUGCUUCUUCUGGGAUUCCAUCCUGGGUGUUUUGAAAGGAAGAGAAUGUCCCAUGAUGCACCUGGGCAGUGGACAUCGUAGGCUGGAGGAAGAGCCGCAGUGGGUAUCGGUCCCAGAGCUUGGGCUGCUGCCUCUCACAAUAAGAGGAAUGAUGCCAGGGAAUCACACUGUGUCACCUCUGAUACCACCUCCCCUGUCUGCAUCGCUGGCCCCACCUAUAGCCUGCCUUCCCCUGGGACCCCCUGCUCCAUUCUGCUUCAGGGGUCACACUCUAGGGUCUGAUGGGGCCGACUCACUGUGGACAUAGGCUGCUCUUCAGCAUGGAAGGGAGAUGAUGGGGAGUUUAAGGUUCUGCUCCCAACGUAAGUUUGUGUCUGAGGAUUUAGCGUCUGUACACUGUCCAUAGGGUUGCCUUUCCUUGCCCCCCAGCCUCCACCUGCCAAACUUCUGCCCCAGAGGCAGAGCCAGCUGGGUGCUCCAGAGCCCCAGGCUCCCCCAACAUACCCUUUUCCUUCCCCCUCCUCGAAGGCUGUAGCCACAGUGCUAUAGGUUGUCUGGUCCAGGGUCCCAAAGCCCCUCUACACUGGGUAGGGACAGGUUCUCUCCCAAAUGCCCCCAAGAGACAUUCACCCCUCUAAAACUCCUAGGCUCUGCCUCGAGUAGAGAAGGACCUCUGGGUGUAAGGGGUCACUCCAUUCUCCCCUGGGCCAGCAGGGAGCCAGGAGCAGCCACCUCCCACCUCCACCCUUUAACCUCCACCUCUGGCACAGCCCCCACCCCACUUUGCCCUCAGAUCCCUGCCCUCAGUGGCCCUGAGCUGCUUCAUUGUCCAGAGGCUGACAGAACCUCCAUAUGCAAUCAUCAAGGAAGCAACCAGGCCUUCCCCGUCCUCAUCGCCCUCUCUCUGGCCCCCCACAGACAGUCACGUGCUCCACGUGCCAUUCCCAUCUGACUUUUUUGUACCUAAUGUAUAAAAUCCAAGCUAAUAUUGCUGUAAAAAAGGAGAGACAAAUUAAUAUAGCUUAUUCUAUAAAUCUGUCUGUAUAGAGAGGUUUCUGUAUAUUGUAUAGACCUGUGUAUAAACUGGUUGUAGAAGCAGGCUUGGUGUGAGUGACU